GAUUAAAAUAUUUAUACAAAUUAGAGUGUAUAUUUGCUAAAGCCAUCAUAUACACAAUUGUUAUUAAACAUUCAAGUUCUAAAAUUAAAAAAAAAAAUGAAAAUUAUUCCUUUAAUUUUUUCUAUUUUCUUACUGGUUUCUUCAGCUGUCGCUCUUAAAAAUGCUGUUUGUGGCUUGAGACAUUCAGUAGACGGUUACGGUAAUCUAGGCUGUAUGGCUUACAUGCCAUCGUGGUCGUACAAUGCUGAGAUUAAUGAAUGUGUUAAAUUUAUCUAUGGCGGUUGCGGUGGUAAUUCCAAUCGUUUCGAUUAUCUUGCAGAAUGUGAAGCUAUGUGCAAGGAUUGAAUUGUAAUAUAUUUUAUAUAAGAAGGAAAAAUGUUUUUUUUUUUAAUAAAUCAAAUAUAAUAUUA